AUACGAAUAUGAGCCAUUUGAGGACAAUAAUGUCCCUCGGCACCCCGCCUCCCUUUUAGUGGCGUAUACGAAGUAAAAACGAGGAAGUAACGCACAUGUACGAAUACGAUGAUCUCUCGACCGUGUUUCAAAAGAGAAAAACGAUAGAAUGAUGUGGGGAGCAUGAAAUGGGAAGAGACGCAGACAAAACAUGUCGCAUAGUCUGCAGAGCACUGGGCGACAGAGGUAUCACGUGAUGACCACCAAAGCUGAGCAAAAUGGCGGUUGACAUCAGGAAAGCGCGUGUGCUGGUGCUUGGUGGCACUGGUUUCAUUGGAAGAAAUUUUGUCCAUUAUCUUGUCACCAAAGAUCUUGCCUCGAAGAUUCGUGUUGCUGACAAAGUUCCUCCUCAAAUGGCAUGGAUGAAUCCUGUUCAUAGUGCAGCAUUUGCCAGUCCCAUUGUUGAAUUCAAGCACUCAAACCUCAUUAGCUCAACUUCAGCAGAAAAUGCUUUCUCAACGGAUGGAGAGCCAUUUGACUAUGUGGUGAAUUUUGCAGCAGAAACCAAGUAUGGUCAGAGUGAACCAGUAUACCAUGAGGGUAUUGUACGGCUGAGUGAAAACUGUGCUCGGACUGCUGCUCGCUGCAAUGUUCAGAUGUACGUUGAACUCUCCAGCGGUCAGAUGCUAUCAUCAGAUAAGAAGCCAACAAAGGAAGACAGCAAGUGUAACCCAUGGACAAAUUUAGCCCGCCACAAGUUGGCAGUAGAGGAAUUGUUGAAGGAUAUUUCAGGCCUAAAUUAUGCAGUGAUACGUCCAGCCAUAGUUUAUGGUCCAGGAGAUAGACAAGGCAUUACACCAAGGCUUCUGAUAGGUGCCAUCUAUCGAUACACCAAAGAGAAAAUGAAGAUGUUAUGGACCAAGGAUUUGCACAUGAACACAGUGCAUGUGGAGGAUGUGUGCGCAGCAGUGUGGCAUGUUUUCACUCAUGCUAAGCCUGGUCAGCUGUUUAAUCUUGUGGAUAAAGGAGACACAACACAGGGAAAAAUUUCUGAGCUGGUGUCACAGCUGUUCAGUAUCCAGUAUGACUUCAUGGGCUCUGUGCUGUCAUCAAUGGCAAAGGUGAAUAUGUCAAAUGUAGUGGAGGACAUAAAUGAUAAGCAUAUGGCUCCAUGGGCUGAUGCAUGUCAGCGUGACAAUAUAGUCAACACUCCUCUCACACCUUUCAUUGACCAGGAAUUGCUUUACAACAAACAUCUGCAUAUGGAUGGCACAAAGAUAGAACAGACUGGAUUCCACUAUUCUUAUCCUGAACUUCAGCUACAAACACUGCGACAGGUGCUGGAUGACUAUAUACAAAUGGGGCUGUUUCCACGAUGUCUCUUGGAAGGUGACACAUACUAUGAUCGUCCAGCUGAUGAUUAUGAGGAGGGUGGAGUUGAUGAGUUUGAAGAUCAUUGAUACACACCUUUAUCAUCUCUUCCUGUCCCAUGCAGGUGUGCUUGGUUGUAACUUUCUGGCUCUGGUUGAGCUGAUGCCUGUCAUCAUGUGUACGUCUCUCCCUGUUCAUGUUGCUUCACUGCAGGAUCAUGCCACCAGAUGGUUUGCAUUCGGUGUAAGAAAUGGCUUGUGUCAUUCAUUGUUUCUAGCUUGAUACAUGUGUACUUCUCUUGUACAAUUUAAAAAAAAUGUUACAUGUGGAAAUGAGACUUUUACUGUCUGCUUCUGCGCAGAGCAAGUUGUGUCUUUAAUAUUCACAUAAAGAAAUUUGACAAAUGGGACAACACAUGGGGCAUACACAUCAAAAUUCCAGAACCCAGUUGAAAUGGCUGAUCAGAAGGUGCGGAGAACAUAUUCCAUUUGAAAGUUGGGUUUCUGGCAUCGUUUGGAGAAGGAGCAGGAUGAUGUUUUAUCAUGUGCUAGAGAAGAAUGCAUUCACAACCCCUCUUCCUGUGAUUAAAGUUUUAGAUAUUUCAUAGAAGAGUGCUGAUGUAUUGUAAGUUCACUGAAAUUUCUUAAACAUUUUGGAUAAGCAUGAUCUCCACUUAGUAAAACAUUGGGCUGGACCUGUCAAAAACAUUGUGUAGUUGGGGGGCAAAGUGCUCAUGCUUUUUCCAUUUGCUGCUAGCUUUUAAGAAGUUCUUUUAAUACUCUUGGUCAUUUUAUAUUGAAGCAAACUAUUUUUGUCUAUGUGCCAAUGGAACAUGUUGCUUUUAAUUGCUUGAGCAAUUUUUGUGAUACCCUGUUAAGUAUCUGAGCAUGUCAAAUUCUCAUGAAACCAAAGACACGCUGACAUUGAUGUUUUAUUUUUUUACUUUCACUGUGACUGUAUUUUGAGAGGAGAUAUAGUAAGCACUUGUAUGUUGGCCACAGUCAGCCUAAAUAUUGGUCAGUCAGCAUAAACAGUUCAUUAGCUGUACACCUGGAACAAAGGCCACUCGUGUUCUUCUGGCUCUUUUGGCAGCCAGCUUAGUAUUUUUGGUGUAUUUAAAAUACAAUAAUAGUAAAGUACUUUUAUAUAGUGUUGUUCCCACCAAAGGUUCAAUACAUGAACCAAGCAUGUGCACCAAGCAAAACACUCACACAUGGUGUACAUACAAUCCCUCACACACAAUCGUACAAGGAGAAUAUGGAUAAUUCAUUGAACAGCAAGAAUAGAAGAUUAGUGAAGAAAAGCCUGACAGAAUUAGUACUGGAAGCUAGUGCAGUUCUUUGAGCUAGUGUGUGAUAUGCUUGUGUCUUGAUUUUCAUAAAACUAGUAGCAUUGUUUUGGACCCUUUGCAAGGGAGCAAUCUGUUCUUGAGGCAUACUCAUCCAAGCUACAUAGUAUUUCUUUAAAUGACUUGUGAAAAGGUAUAGUUAGAAGCUAAACAUCAAGUUGAAAAUGUCUUCUUAAACAGGGUACAACACUAAAAAUGUAUAGAAGUAGUUGAGAACUUGUGAUUGUUUGAGCAUUAAUUAUGAUAACCUUGGGGAGAAUUUUGAAGCAGUUGGACACUGCAGAAUAUGUAGCAUUGAUCAUGCUAGCAUUGGACAGAAUUUUGAAGGAAUUGAACUCUGUAGAAUGUGUAGCAUGGAAGUUAUAAAAUCAAACAGCUUGUAUUUAUGAAUGCAGUUGUCCAUUUGUUGGUGUAACCGGUGAUGACCUCUAAAGGGCAGGCUCUUUUUGAAACGUCUUUUGAAGAUUUUGCACCAGGGUUUUUCACACAUUGUAGAAAGAUAUAUGCUGUUUGUUAUUUGUCCAUUGAUCUGAUUUCAAAGUCAAAUCAAAAAUCUGCUCUUUAUUAAUGAGAUAGUAGUGUCUUUUCUCUCCUAGAUGUGAUAGAAAGUAUUCUCCAAGAUAGAACACUUGGGGUGAACAGCUCUCUGCAUAGUAGUAGGGUUUUAUGAAUGAACUGAUUUUGUAGCAUUUAUCUGCUAUAUGAUUCUAUUCUGUGGGAAAGAGCUUCCACAGAAAUCUUAACACACAGCACUAUUACACUUAAAACUGGUUGCUGCUAAAAUUCUGUGCUGAUGCUUCUUGUUUAUACCAAAGGUCUGCUGUACUAAAAUAAUACUACCAGCAAAUAACACUACUUGCUGCCUGCUGAAUUGCUAUUUAAAUGCCAAACUUCGUGCACUGCUGAUGACACACUUUUAGUUUGAAAUCUCGCUUUAUACAAUUUGCAGAAAGGUACAGUUCUGAUAAUGUCGUCUGCUGGAUAAGAGAGAUGUUCAGAGCAGCAUCUUGCCUGCUUUUAUGUCUUGUUGCAAGGUGUUUUUUUUAAGAUUGCAGAUAUUUCAGCUAUGAGACCACCACCAACAGACCAAUCUUAAAACGUGCUCUCAGCAUUGUGACUUGCCAAGUGCAUAUACUACUACACCUCAGAGCUAGAAAGGUUGACCAGAAUGUACUUCCAUUGGGGUAGGAUACAGCCAUUCAUGUGCCAUUGAAAUGGUAGUCAGUCCAAAGAAGACUGAAAUAUAAAAACAUUUAAGAAACGUAUCUGUGAUGAUAAAGGAAAACAAUGAUGGAUGAAUGUAUUUGCAUGUGCGUGUGUAUGCGCAUGCAAAAGCGCUGUUGUGUGUUGGUAUAUAUUUGAACAUCUCUGUAUAUGUUGCUCAUGUGAGCAGAAGACUUAUCAGCAUAAAAUAAUUAAGAAAUUGCUUUUGAUUUGCUUUGCGAAUGCAAUUUUAUGGUUAGAGUCAGUAUGCUAAUUUACAAAUUGGUGACAUAAAGCUAAUAUUAAAUUAUCCUUACAUAUAUCUUUUAGGAGCCAAAACCUCCAGUGGCCGCCAUGAUUGGAAAUUUGUGGUUUUUGAUCAUUUUAAAGGUUUGCUAAUGUUUCCAGUUCACACGUAAAACUUCAGCAACACCAAAAUGAACUUGCGUUCAGGUGCUGGAUAACUGCCAUACAAUUUUGGAGUACCAUUCGAUCCUGUUUUCUUUGUUCUUAUAAAACAUGUUAUCCCAUACCCUUUUGGUAAGUUUUUGCAAUAUUAUGUUUGUCUUUAUCUGUUCAACAACUGCAGGGACAUUGCACACUCAUAUUAUUGAAAUGCUUUUAGCAGUUGAUAUUUACGCUGUUCUGUUGAUGUGUAUUUUAUAGCUCAUUUCUUUUUUUUUGACCUCUUAUCAUUUGAAAGUGAAAAUGGUACAGAAGUACGCAAUAAUAUUACAUGCUUCUUUUACGACGUUGUUGGCCUUUCCACAUAGUCCAAACACCCCAGAACGUACAUAUCAGAAUUCCUAUUUUCAGCCAGUAUGGCUUAUUUUAUUUAGCAUAUCUGUUUGUUCUGUGCAAGGCUUCAUGUGAUGCACAUCUGUAUUUUUUUUUUUUUUGGUUUUGUGUUUAUAAUCCUUCAUUAUUGUUUUACUUUUAGUGAUGUAGUGUUAAGAAUUUUUUUCUUCCUUUGAUUGUACAGACACAUAAUUGUUCAUAAUAUUGUCUUUCCUUGAAAUAUCUUGAUAAGGGUAGUAUGUUGAAGAUCUAAUUUCCAUGCUUUUCCUUUGUUUUAGGGAGAGAAACUCUUGUUUACACACAACAUUGUGGUGAAACAUUUUUGUCAGGAAUUUAGCAAAAAUGGCUUAUGCAUCAUUUCUUAAGUUUAUACAUAUACAAUAUACAUUCAACUAGCUUUUGAUGGCAGUACUUCAUUUAAAAAAAAACUCUCCCAUUUGUUCAUUGUAAAAGAAAUGAAUAAAACAUUUAAAAAUAAGAUAGAAGACCUAUUGUGAUAAUGCUAUACAGCUGAUUAUUCUAAAUAUUGGCAUUUGUGUAAUGUGCUUAUAAAGAGGAAAGUUGGUGGUCUGCAUAAAACAGUUUUGGUAAGUCGUUAGAUUCGAUUAAAGCUUUACAAUGUGAUAUUAGGGUUAACCUAUGAAGACCUCAAACUGAGUCUAAAAUCAGCUAAUUCACAGACAACCGUAUUUAAAAACAUGUGCUAAACAAUAAGAUGCCUUUUAAACGUGCUUAGAAAGCAUUCCUGUAUCUUUAUGUUUUGAUUAUUUUUUUUUUCUCUGUUAGUCAAAUUCUAUCGACGUUUAAAAUGUGAUAUUAAGGUUAACCCAUCAAGAUCUCAAACUGACUAUGAAAUCAGCCAAUUCACAGACAACCAUAUUUAAAAACAUGUACUAAAAAAAUUUUUAAAUAAGCUUAGAAAGCAUUCCUGCUAAUUGAAAAACUGAAUUGGAUAACAUUUUGUGAUCUGACAGAAGGCAUUCCAUUUAUUUUCCCUGUGCUUUUUGCAUGUGUAGAAAGUGUGGACAUAAUUUUUGGAAAUGACUCCUGAAUAAUAUUGUUGAGUCGUGGUUGUGGCAAUAGCCAAUAGUAUUAGUUGUUGAUCAUAUUUCUGUGCCAUUGUGAACAUUUCUGUUUUAGAAAAUGCUUAUGCUGCAAAGUAGAAGUCAAUGCUGUGAGCAGGGACUGAAACCUAGAAAUAAACCUGACCAAAGACAUGGAGGUUGGGGGAAGGGGGGAGAUUAGGCCACUAAGGACAGUGAACUGGUUUAUAAGUUGAAUUUCUAGAAAACAUUUGUUCCUGUAAAGAGAUGGUGACUAAAGCAAAAGUUCAUUCUACUAAAGCUGCAUGAAUGCAUAGUAGUUAUUAGGUAACAAACGGAAAAGCAGUCAAAUGGCAAGUUGAGGUUAUAUGAUACAUGCUGACAUUCUGAAUUGUGUCUGAUCAAAUUUUUGGGUUGCAAAAUGAUCGUUUACAAUUGCAUCUAAAACAGUCAUCAAAAUGCUAGCAUCCUGAGUUUAGUGAUGAAAAUUUGAGUGAAUUGGAGAAUACUGGUGUAGCAAAGGAUAAUGUUAUAAACAGUAAUAUAGUGCUUCAGUUCAUCUUCAUGCUUUGAUAUGGCAGUUGUUGUGAAAGAAGUUAUUGGGUUAACAGUCUCUAUGUUAAAAAUAGAGGAAUGCCACUGCAUUGCAAAACAGGUAUCCUUUGGUGUCACAUGCAUUGAAACUGGUUAUUUUGGCAGUAGAAGUGGUACAGAUCCUUGCAUACAUUCGAAACAAAUGCACCCUGCUUUUUUAAAUAGUCUACAUUUCUUGUAAGCUAAGGCAGAUAUUAUAUAUCUAUAUAGAAAUAGCUUGCAAUCUAUAAAUAAAGGUCAUGCUGGUUUGUCAAAUGGGUCUGUGGUAAAACUGCUAACACUACUCCCCAUCAAAUGCUUGUAAAACUUGUGCCUACAUCACUUUUCGAGUUUUCAUGAAAUAGUACGCAAACAUGGCAGCCUUCUUGGAUCAGCUUAAAGCUGGUUUUGAUGCAAUUGUAAGUAAACAAUCAUUUUGCUAAUUGAAAUGUUGAUCAUUAUUCAGAACUUACCAUUUGAGUUGCUUUUCUCUUUAAGCUGUAUAUAUAUAUUAGCAUGUGAAAACCAAAACUGUUAAAGUUGAGUUUGGGGUAGUUAUUCUCCCAAUGUCCUAAAAUUAGGGAUGAAAGAUGAUGUGGCUUCUACAUGCACCAUUGAUUACUGUGUCAUAGUGGAACUGCCCAACUAUUUCUACCUGGAACAGAAGCUAUAGACUGGAGAUGAAGCUCCUGAGAGGUAUCUACAAGGCAACAAGGCAGAAGCAACACUGGAUCCUUUAAUUACAAUCAGGUGCAAUAUUGGAGGUGACUUGUGUUUGGUCACUAGCUGCUGUUUCAGGUACCUCUCUUGGGCUGUAACUGUGGAGGUGGUGACCUUUAAGGCAGCAAGGUACUCCCAGUCUGUAACUAUGGUCUCCUGAAGUUUUGAGUAGAGUAUGUACAUGUUCAUCUCUUUUGCAGAUGUCUGUGCCAAGUCAUAAUUAUGUGGUCAAGCAUAAGUGUCAGUUUUCUAGACAUAAAAUCAGCUUUUAUCAGAUGAAUGGAAAAUGUGUUCUCUUAAUUUGUCAUCACAUUGCCAUGCUGGAACAUGUUUCAGGCAGUUUGUAAUUACUAAAUGUGCUCGCAAAUGGAUUGCAUUUUUCGUCUGAUAUCUGUGCAAUGCUUGAAGUAAUGUGCUCUUACAAACUUUUACAUUAAAGAUAGCCGGUGCUAUAGCUUUUAUGC